CUGUAGUGGAUUCUGGGUAGGCGCAGGAAGUGCCGGGGAGGGACGCCGCUCUAUUCCAACUUUCCCGGCUCGUUUCGGGCCGCCAUUUUUUACUCCGGGUAGCGCGUGGAUUUCGUGUCGUUUAGUAUCGCGUUAUUUUACGGAAAUACUGACUUGGUUCUCAAAGGGGCCAAAAUGCCGGGUUUUAGUAGUGUGGGCACGUUCAAAAUCUUCAUCGGUAAUUUAGCCGACAAAACAGCAAACGGCGACAUCAAGCCUCUCUUCGAAAAGUACGGCAAGGUCGUGGAGUGCGAUGUUGUCAAGAACUAUGGAUUCGUCCACAUGGAAAAUGAAGAAGCUGGUAGAAAUGCAAUUCAGAAUUUAAACGGACAUAUUGUACAUGGCCAGCCGAUAAAAUGUGAGGCUGCCAAGAGCCGAAAAGGGCCAAACACUCCAACAACAAAGAUCUUUGUUGGCAACCUCACGGAUAAUACAAAAGCACCUCAAGUACGCGAGUUGUUUGCCAAGUUUGGAACGGUUGUUGAAUGUGACAUUGUGCGAAACUAUGGAUUCGUUCAUUUGGAAGCAACUGGUGAUAUUAAUGACGCUAUUAAGGAGCUUAAUGGACAAAUGGUAGAUGGCCAGCCCAUGAAGGUUCAGAUUUCUACUAGCAGAGUACGGCAAAGGCCGGGUAUGGGUGACCCUGAGCAGUGCUAUCGCUGUGGACGUGGAGGCCAUUGGUCCAAAGAAUGUCCUAAAGGUGGUAUGGGAGGUGGACCGGAUAGAAACGGCUUUAGAGACCGAAUGUUUGGCCGUGAUCCUUACCCACCACCUCCUCCACCACCCUUCCUCCGUGACAGACUUAUGGGAGGCGGCCGCUUUGGUGACUAUGAAAGUUACUACGACAGGCGUGGAUUUGAUGACUCAAGAGAUCUCUAUGAGAGGAGAUUUUCAGGCAUGGGAGGCCCUCGUGAAAUGGGUAGCUCGAUGCGUGGGCGCGAUUUUCCGAUGCCCCCACUUCCUCCUAGACGAGACCCUAUGCCACCAAUGCCUCCCAUAGGUAUGGCGUCUAUGCGAGACAGCGGAUUCUCUCGUGGCAAUGACUAUGGCAUGUUCAGCCGACGAUCACCUCCACCAAGUGGGAACAACGGCCGGUUCAGUAGAGGCAUAUACGAGGACUUCAGCCGAGAUUCAUUUGACGAUCGUAGAAACAUGGUUGCACUUCCAGAACUAAGUUACGACCAAGAGUCUAAACUUGAAGGCUCAAAGGUUGCGGCUGGCAAAUGGGUUUAGGUGGUAGAUCUAUCUCCACUUUGCCUCGCAUGGGUGCCAAACCACGUUCCGUCACACGAACACAACCGAUCACUUCAAGUUUCGUAAGAAAUGGCAGCGAUCUCAGUGAUAGUAACCCUGCAUCGGUGAUCCUUAAGCAUCUCCUCAGACAAAAUUCUUGUAUGGUUUUGCAGUACAGUGCUGCUGCAUAAAGUGUUUGGUCCGAGAUGGUCAAGUUCUCCAACGAAAUAUGUGACAAUCUGUAUUGAAAUGUGAAAGUAUGAGCAGUAGCCUUUCAAAAAUUUCUAUGUUAUUUUAGGCUGGCAGUUUUUCACACAAUUAUAUCAGUCAUUUUUAAACCUCGACAUGGACUAAAAUUGGUAAUGCCUCUAUGUAUGAGUGCCUGUGUAUGUACAUAUAUGUGACACAUUCACGCAGGCUCAUACUACCUGUGAAAUUUCCAAGUUAUAAAAAAAAUUCUGACUCGAUGAUGUUAUUUCAAAUCUUUCCAAUGAAUUUUUUUAUUAUUGAACAUUAUAUCUACUUGCAAUGAUGUAUAUUUACUCAAUCAAAUGCUGAAAUCAAUUUUUUUUUGUUAAAGUUGUAAAUUCGUGCAAGUCCUUUUCUUCGAAAAACACGUCCUUGCUUCUUGUGCAUAUUAGCAGCACCUAAGGGUGCUACUUACAAAAUUCAAGUGAGUAGGUCGGUACUAAAAGCUUUCAAUUAUUUUCUGUAUGUUUCAAAUAUAUACUUAUGUGAUUUAUUAAUAUGCUGAAUGAAUAAAAUUGUAAUAUUUUUUAAUAGCAUCGUAACACGUCGUCGAGACAUUGAUAUUUGUUUUAAUUGUUACAAUGUAUUGAAUCAGUAAAGUUUCAACGAUAUUAGACACAUGUGUUAUGGUUCUGUCAACAGUAUUAAAAGUUCAAAUAUUUCAUAAAUGUUGAACUUUAAAUGUAACGCAGUAUGGUAUUAAGAAAGGUCAGAUUUCAUAUGCAUAAGUAGGUCUAAUUACGUUUGUAAGUAGCAUUAUUUUUAAGAAUGCUGGAAAUUAUUGCAAUAAAUUUUUACUAUUUUCGUACA